AUAGACAUCCUAAACCGAAAUUUCUUUGAAAGUUCAGAUUUUUUUAUUCUGUGAGAGAGAAGGAAUAAUGGGUUUUGGUUAUUUGUUGGUGGGUGAAGCUUAGGAAAGCUAAAGAAGUCAAAGUUGUGAACCGUUGAGGAAUUGAUGAAGACUGCUGUGGUGCAAGCCCUAAUCUAAUUGGGUUAGGAUAUGGUUUAGCGGUUGAAAUUGAUUGCCUGGUUUUGUUUUUCUUCAUUGAUGAAACAGACCAUUAGCAAUGGGGGGAAAUGAAAUUAAGGAAGCAGACGAACUUUUCGAACCAUGUCUCCCUUCUCUGACUGUUGCAAUUGCUAUCAAUGGAAAGAGAGAAAGCAAGUAUGUCGUGAAAUGGGCAUUGGAGAAGUUCGUUACUGAGGCAAAGGUUGUGUUUAAGUUGAUACACAUUCGGCCGGAGAUCACUUCAGUCCCGACACUAAUGGGAAAUUCCAUUCCUAUUUCACAUGUAAGAGAAGAUGUAGCAGCUGCUUAUAAGAAGGAAGUGGAGUGGCAAACAAGUGCAUUGCUACUUCCCUACACGAAAAUGUGUGGUCAGAGGCAGUUCUUGCUCUAUGUGCAGGUGGAUGUUGUAGUCGUUGAAUCAGAUGAUGUGGCCAAUGCAAUUGCACAGCAGGUUGCAAAAUACAAUAUCACGAAGCUCGUUAUAGGAGCUUCUGCUCGUGGCAUUUUCGCAAGGAAAGUCAAGAGACAUAAUAUGUCGUCAAGGAUCUCGGCGUGCUCUCCAAACUUUUGCACAGUCUAUGCUAUUUCAAAAGGGAAACUGUCAUCUGUCCGGCCAUCUGAUUUAAAGAUAGAUGCAAGCAUUGAAGAUGACAGCAGCGAAACAAGUUGUUCAGUCAAUAGCUCAUCAAGUUACACUUCUAGCUCACAAACAGAACUUGUCUCAGUUGGUUCAUACUCUCAUUUCCAUUCGCCCUCCCUACCAAUGCAGCGAUUCCAUGCUCUUUCAGCUAUCAACCAGAAUCUUCUUCAUUCAAGAGCAAGUUCAAUUGACGCCAAUCAUUCAAGAAAUCUGUCUCUGGAUAUUGAAGAAGAGAGGGAUACAACAAGUUUGUGUGUAUACAGUUCUGAUAUUGAGCAUGCAAUCGGUGGGACUUCUAGUUACAAAGGCUUACUAAAAGAUAGUCAAUCUCAUGUAUCUGAUCAAGCUUCUACGUCAGAUGUGCAUUCAGAGCAUUCUUCAUCUGACACCCAGGUAGAUAUAAAUUUCGAGCUAGAAAAGCUAAGGAUUGAACUCAGACAUGUUCGAGGAAUGUAUGCAGUUGCUCAAAGAGAGACCCUUGAUGCUUCUCGAAAGAUAAAUAAUCUAAAUGAACGCCGAUCAGAGGAAGCAAUGAAGCUUAAGGAGAUAACUUACAAAGAGGAGGAAGCCGGAGAAUUAGCUAGAAAAGAGAUGGAAAGGUGUGAAGCUGCUAGAAUGGAAGCAGACUAUGUGAGAGAAUGUGCUGAAAAAGAAGCUUCACAGAGGCAGGAAAUCGAAAUGAAAGCUUUACGUGAUAUCAAAGAGAGAGAAAAGCUUGAGAAAGCUCUUGUGGGUCCUGUGCACCAGUACCAGAAGUUCACGUGGGAAGAAAUUGUGUCUGCCACAUCGUCAUUUUCUGAGAGCCUUAGGAUUGGAAUGGGAGCAUAUGGAACUGUCUACAAGUGCAGUUUGCAUCAGACAACUGCAGCAGUGAAAGUUCUCCAUUCGAACGAGAAUCAAAAUAAUAAGCAGUUUCAGCAGGAGCUUGAAAUCUUGAGCAAAAUUCGUCACCCGCAUUUGCUUAUUCUACUUGGUGCAUGUCCUGAUCGUGGUUGCCUAAUUUAUGAAUACAUGGAGAACGGAAGCUUGGAGGAUAGAUUGUUUCGAGUGAAUGGUACACCAUCCAUCCCAUGGUUCGAGAGAUAUCGGAUUGCUUGGGAGGUGGCAUCUGCCCUUGUUUUUCUUCACAGCUCUAAGCCAAAACCAAUCAUUCAUCGCGAUCUAAAGCCAGCAAAUAUCUUGCUUGAUCGCAAUUUUGUGAGCAGAAUUGGCGACGUUGGUCUUUCAAUGGUGCUUAAUUCCGAUGCCUCCUAUGUUUCCACCAUGUUCAAAGACACAGCACCUGCUGGGACACUAUGCUACAUAGAUCCUGAGUAUCAGAGAACCGGUUUGAUUUCUCCAAAAUCUGAUGUUUACGCUUUCGGGAUGGUAAUUUUGCAGUUGUUGACUGCAAAACCAGCAGUAGCACUAACACACAAGGUGGAAACAGCACUUGAUGAUGGUCGGCUAGUGACGAUUUUAGAUUCAGAGGCUGGGAAUUGGCCAAUUGAGGAAACCAAGGAAUUAGCCUUGUUGGGGCUGAACUGUGCAGAACUUCGACGGAGAGACAGACCCGAUCUGAAGGAGAAGGUACUUCCUGUGCUGGAACGCCUAAAGGAGCUCGCUGACAGAGCCCGAGAUUCAUUUUCCCGCAUUCAGCCCUUACCUCCAAACCACUUCAUCUGCCCAAUACUUAAGGAUGUCAUGAACGAACCCUGUGUCGCUGCAGAUGGAUACACUUAUGACCGCAAAGCAAUAGAGCAAUGGCUGACGGAUGACGAUAAAUCACCAAUGACAAAUCUGCCAUUGCCAAAUAAGGUUUUAUUACCUAAUUACACAUUACUUUCUGCAAUCAUGGACUGGAAGUCAAGAAAUUGAUGACAUCCGCGGCCCCUUCAUUCCUUAUUUGGCAGAAGACAGUGGAAUGCUUCUGUCAGUUUCUUGAAUGAACCUCUUAAAUCGUAUAUUUGUCUAGUUUAUUAGGUAAGUUCUUGUAUAUGGAUGGAUGAGAAACUGGACAUGAUUGUAGUUGUAAUGGCCAACUGUAGAUAAUUUUGAUGAAAUGUGCUUUCUAUGUGUUUGUUUGUAAAGAAGAUAUUAGGUCCAAAUGCUGUGUAUUAUACUCAA